AUGCAGCAGGCGUUCGCCUACGCCUGGUCGGUGGCGUGCGCAGUCGAGGCGUCGACGGUUCUGGUGCCAGCGAGCAACGUGUUUCUAGUCGGCCCCAUCACAUUCACCGGUGAUUCAUGCGAACCCAACGUUGUCUUUCAGGUGGACGGCACGAUCCUCGCGAACACAGGCUCCACAGCAUGGCGCUCCGGGUAUGUGACGCCGUGGCUUGAGUUCAAGAGCGUGAGGGGCCUCACCAUCCAAGGGUGCGGCGCCAUCGACGGGCAGGGAAGUCACUGGUGGAGCAGGACUUCUGUCGUCGACCACGACCAGUCGACGGAGUUGGACCCUGAUCGUGCCGGAACAAGCGACAGACCGACGGCUUUAAGGGUGUACCAGGGCGCCAACGUAACCGUGACGGGGAUAACGAUCCGGAACAGCCCAAAGUUCCACCUCACCUUCGACACCUGCCGUGCCGUCGAGGUGCACGACGUCACCAUCGCGUCGCCCGGGGACAGCCCCAACACCGACGGCAUCCACCUCGCCGGCUCCGUGGGCGUCUCCAUCCAACACACCACCAUCGGCUGCGGCGACGACUGCGUGUCGAUACAGGACGGCUGCUCCGACGUGGUCAUCCGCGAGGUGCACUGCGGGCCAGGCCACGGCAUCAGUAUCGGCGGGCUUGGCAAGGGCGGCGCCAUGGCGGUUGUCUCCGACGUCACCGUACAGGACGUCACGUUGAACCAGACGAUGACCGGCGUCAGGAUCAAGACCUGGCAGGGCGGGUCGGGGUCAGUGAAGAACGUGCGGUUCUCCAACGUGCGGUUGUCGGCGGUGAAGACGGCGAUCGUGAUCGACCAGUACUAUUGCGACCACACGACGUGCACCAACCAGACGUCGGCGGUGGUCGUGGCCGGCGUGGUGUACCAGGGCGUCGCGGGAACCUACACCGAGCGGCCGGUGUACCUGGCGUGCAGCGACGCCGCACCGUGCAUGGGGAUCCACCUGGCGGACAUCCAGCUCGCGCCGGUAAACGACAGCGGAUACCACCUCCAAGGUCCCUUUUGCUGGAAGGCGCACGGCGAUGAGGUGCGCCCUGUCGAGCCACCGGUGGACUGCCUAACGGCCGGAGCUCCAUGA